CCCUCUCUCUGACACACACAACAAUCACCACCAGCCCACGCCCACCAGGACACCAGGUCGAUCACUAGGUGUUGCGAGAAGCAUCAGAUCCAUGGGGAGGUCGCCGUGCUGCGAGAAGGCGCACACGAACAAGGGCGCCUGGACCAAGGAGGAAGAUCAGCGUCUCGUCGCCUACAUCAAGGCCCACGGUGAAGGGUGCUGGAGAUCGCUCCCGAACGCGGCGGGGCUGCUGCGGUGCGGGAAAAGCUGCAGGCUGCGGUGGAUCAACUACCUGCGGCCGGACCUCAAGCGCGGCAACUUCACCGAAGAAGAAGACAAGCUCAUCAUCAAGCUCCACCAGCUCCUUGGAAACAAGUGGUCUCUGAUCGCCGGGAGGCUGCCGGGGCGGACGGACAACGAGAUCAAGAACUACUGGAACACGCACAUCAAGCGCAAGCUCCUCGCCUCCGGCCUCGACCCGAAGACGCACCGACCGCUCAAUACCACCGCCACGCCAAGCGCCCGCCACCAGGAACACCUUGCGCACUCCAGCUGCUCGCCGGAGACCAGCGGCGCGGGCCACAGCAGCGACGACGACAGCGCAUCCGUGCCACACCUCGGCGGCAUUGACCUCAACCUCUCCCUACGCCCGCCGAGCCAACCGUCUUCGCCGCCGCCGCCGAGGCAAGAAGCAGAAGCGACAAGCAGCGCAACCGCAGCGGAUGCAUGAAGUGCGCCAUUAGCACAAAAAAAAGAGAGCUUAUGCUAGUCAGUUUUAGAGGACUAUCCCAGUCCGUUCCGUAACAGACUAAAAGGUAGCGAGUAGCGAAUGUGAUAAUCGCUUAUUAUCGUAGUCGGUUCUGCAACGGACUGGAAUAAUGCUUUUAUCACAAUCGGAUCAAAGAUCAGAUUAUAAAUUCACAUAAACAAUUUAUAUCACAUUCAAAUAUUAGACCAUCCAAAAAUCAGACCACACACAUAAUUCAUAUUGAGAAACUAAAUGAAAAGUGUCUUGAUAUAUAUGUGAUGAGAUAUCAACAAUAGUUGAUUUGUCUUGAACUUAGUUAGCAUGUGUUUAUGGAUGCUUGUUCUUGUUUAUAACUAACUCGAGUUGGUGAUGUUUGGAAUUGACAAAUUCUUCUGUAUACGUAGAAAAAUUACACAUCAAAAGUUCUGAUAUGUUCGUCGGAAGUUCCGGUGUAGACAAUGUAUACUUUAAUUUUUCAGAUAAAAUUAAAGAUCAAUGCACCGAAAGAUCU